AUGUCGACAACGGCGAAUCCCGAACUUAUCGAAGCCGAGAAGGCCAUGUACGGGCCGUUCUUCGGUACGAUGGGUGUGACAGCCGCUAUGAUGUUCACCGCCGCUGGAUCUGCCUAUGGCACUGCGAAAUCUGGCACUGGGAUCGCGUCAAUGGCUGUUGCUAGGCCUGAUCUGGUCAUGAAGGCCAUCAUUCCCGUGGUUAUGGCUGGUAUCGUUGCCAUUUACGGACUAGUAGUCGCUGUCAUCAUCUCUGGAAAAGUCUCUCCUGCCGGUGACGAAUACAAAGUGCAACAAGGAUUCGCUCAAUUCGGUGGAGGUCUUGUCUGUGGACUUUGCGGUCUUGGUGCCGGUUAUGCGAUUGGAAUCGCCGGAGACGUGGGAGUGAGAGCCCUCUCACAACAGCCGCGCAUGUUUGUCGGAUGUCGUACGAUCUACAGACUGCUGAAUCGCCCGCGUAUGCUCCUUUCUUCGGGUACAUGGGAGCAGCCUCGGCUCAGAUCUUCACCGUAUUGGGAGCCGCCUAUGGUACAGCCAAAUCAGCUGUUGGCAUUUGCUCCAUGGGAGUGA